AUGGACAAAAUCUACAAAUACAAAGCAAUUGACCUUGCAACAGAUGCCAUUCGACUUUUCCGUCUUUUCCCCGCUCCAACCGAAAAAGGAGACACCGAGCUCAUUCGGUGCGAAAUAUUCGAAACAUUUCUUCACCAGGUUGAAGGUGUGCCGUACGAAGCCCUGUCCUACACAUGGGGAGAUGCGACACAGCAGCACGAGAUUGAGCUCAACGGCAAGGCUCACCUUGUCACCUCAAACCUUUACCAGGCACUACGAGAUCUGAGGCUCGAAAAUGAGGAUAGAGUUCUCUGGGUGGAUGCGAUCUGUAUAAACCAGCAGGAUGUUCGCGAACGUGGACAUCAGGUCGGACAGAUGACUCUCACCUACCGGAAUGCGGAACGAGUGCUCAUAUGGCUGGGCCCGGGCUCAACUCAUACAGAUGCAAUCCUGACUUGGAUGAAUGCUUUAGAUCAGAGAGUCGUUAUCAGGCGUGACUACAGAAGAAACUCCACCGAGGCCUGGCGAGCAGAGCUGGUUGGGCUUGUGGAGGACCUCAACGACAGCGAUUGCAUCCUCGACCACCCGAAACUCUCGCCUGAGCUGACUGCCAUGAUUCCACAGCUCUAUGAAGCGCCAUGGUUCAGGAGGAUCUGGAUUCUACAAGAAGCUGCCAACGCCAGGUCUGCCCUUGUCAUGUACGGCCGUCAAUCAGUCCCCUCACGCACCUUUGCCGUGAUGCCAAUGCUCAUGGGCUUCGAGGUCGCCAAGGGCAAGCAGACGGUCCUGGAAAUAAUGCCGGGACCGUUGCGUGCAACCUCCUGGUGGAAAGAGCGGCAUGACCUGGAGUUGCUGAUUGCAAAGUUUGCCGGCCACUGCGAGGCCGGUGACGAGCGAGAUAAAAUUUACGCACUGCUCGGCAUGGCAUCUGAUUCUGCGACGCCAAAAAUGAUUUCUCCCGACUACGAGGUAUCUUUACAAGCUGUGAUCCAGCGAACACUUGUUUAUCUACUUUCUAUACGCGGUAUAGAUGUGGAUUGUAAUGUUGUGCCAUCAUGGAAACUGGAUGAUCUGGUCGAGUCUCUGCCGGCGCUUUGCACUCGGCUGUUUGGCUUUGCGAUCAAUAAUGCAGCAGAGCCAGUAGAUGAACUUGGAUUUCCUAUCGAGGAUACGCCACGAUCAGCGGACAACAGAUAUCAACUAGAAACGUUGGCUCUGGCUGUAUUGCCCCAAAUAACGGUCAGGAGCCUACUCGAGGGCCCUUGGCAUUCGCCACCGACUCCGACGCUCUCCUUCCUAGCAAAGAAUGGCACGCUUGAACGAUUAGCAGAUGCCCUAGCGUCUCGCAGUGAUCUUGAAAUGAACGGUAAUGAGAAGCAGGCGCCACCAGUUCUCAUCGCUGCACAAUUCUUGAACUGGAAGAUGGUCAAUACGCUGCUGCGCAAUGAUAGGGUUGAUAUUUGGACUACAUUCAGGUGGCCGAACUCUGUAAUUUGUUUUGCGGCACAGGACGGUCAGAUUGAUAUAAUGCAUCGGCUCGUCAAGUCUCCUCGGAAGCUUGAGGCGUCUCUGUUUAAGGAUCACGUCAAAACUGGUUUCGGAUUCCUACGCCAAUACUGCCUUAGACACGCAAGCACUCUCGAGACGUCCCGUACUUUUUUGUAUAAGCCUCACUGGCAGCAUGGAUACAGAUGCAAUCUGGUCAGCGAUUCCAUCGAGAGCCUUUCGAGGUUGGGGGAGGAGCUUGACUGGCACGACAAAGAUACCAAUACCCCUUGGCUACUGUGGUUGUCCGCGGCACUUGGCGAUACGGCAGCUAUAAAAUGGCUCGUAUCGCGGGGUGUACAGGCUGACGUCUGGGAAGGGUCUAAAACCCGGACUAGGCUCGAAGGUCUGGCACCUACGCCUUUGUGGAUCGCUGCUUGCUGCGGACAUAAAGAUGUUGUGCAGCUGCUUGUAGACAUGGGCGCCGAUAUUAACCCCGAUUCAAACAUAUUCGGUAUCACCCCACUAACCAUAGCUAUUGGAAACAACCAUGAGGAAACCGCACUUUUGCUCCUAGAAAAAGGGGCGUCGUUUCAAGGCGUCAUCGGUACUGACAUGCCACCAUUAUGGAUCGCAGCAACAGAGGGGCGCACUGAGAUUUUCAGAAGGCUUCUAGGCCUUGGAGCCACUCCAAUGACGCCCCCUACUCACUUGAAAUUCGCCCAGCCGCUCCUCCCAGUUCACAUAUCCAAUCCCAGCCUGUUGACGGUGGUUGCAAGCAGCGGCAAUCUAGAAGUUCUCAAAAUCCUGCUCGAGCAUCGGACCUAUAGGGAGGAUUCAGAAAAGCCACUUUUUGGAAAUAUCGACCUGGCGCUUCUCGCAUUAGUGCAGACGGACACCGAAGAAGGGCUAAAAUGUGCGGAGCUUAUUCUAGACCGAAAGGUAGACCUAUUGGGCUCAGCCGGCUCUGCCCACUUGCGACGCGCGCUGGACGUAUACUUCCAUAGUGACACCCUCAAAUUCUCAAACCAAUUGUCAGAUCUCAGACCGCACAUGGUUGGGAAGGAAGGCCUUGUUCGCGAUCUUGUCAGGCGAGCUUGUGAGAUUGCGGGCACCCAACUUUUGUCAGAAGACAUGGAAUACUUACUGGGAGCAUUUUGA